GGCGACUUCUUCUUCUUCCUCCUCUUCCCCAAUCUCUCUCCUCUCCGGAGUUUCAGCUACUCCGCCACAGGGAAAAACCCUAAAUCGCUCCCGGUUCGAUCGAUCGGCCGAUCGACCUGCCUCCUCUGGCCACCUCCUCCGGCGUCGCGCUGCUCGAUUUCGCGAAUGGCUUUUCUCUAGCGUUGCUGCGUAGAGGCCGAAUCCCCUAUUUUCUAGGGGGAGAGAUGGAGGAGGCGAAAUCGUCGGCGGCGCACCACCAGCAACAGCAGCAGCAGCAACUGCUGAUGCAACACCACCACCAGCAACAGCAACAGCAGCAGCAGCAGCAGCAGCAGCAGCAGCAUCAGCAUCAGCAUCAGCAGCAGCAUCAGCAUCAGCAUCAGCAUCAGCAGCAGCAGCAGCACAUUCUGCUCCUCCAGCAGCUGCAGAAGCAGCAGCAGCAGGCGGCCGCCAUGUCGCGGUUCCCGUCCAACAUCGACGUGCACCUCCGUCCUCCGGGGCUCUCCCACCGCCCGAUCCAGCAGAACCCUAGCGUCUCCGCCCCCAAUUUGCAGCAGCAACAGCAGCAGCAGCAGCAGCAGCAACAACAGCAGCAACAGCAGCAACAGCAGCAGCAGCAGCAGCAGCAACAGCAAUUGCAGCAGCAGCAGCAGCAGCAGAAAGUGAUUCGACCGGGGAAUCAGGUGGAAUUGCAGAUGGCGUACCAGGACGCCUGGCGUGUUUGUCACCCGGACUUCAAGCGCCCCUUCUCUUCUCUCGAGGACGCCUGCGAGAGAUUGCUGCCUUACCAUGUGAUAGCAGAUUAUGAGGCCGAGGAAGACGAUAGAAUCCUUGAUUCUGACACUACAGGUCAGAUGCCUUCUCGUUCUCAGCAAUGGGAUCAUAACAUUGCUGCCAAAGUAGCAGAGUUUACUUCGACAUUUGAGAAACAGGCCCUUGCUUUCAACAUAAUAACUAAGAAGCGAGCUCUUGGGGAGUUUCGCUCUGAGGAGAGGUUGAUGAUUGAGCAGUUGCUGUUUCAAGAGGAAAAACGGGCAAUGCUGGAACUGAGGGCCGAAAUCGAGUCAAGGGAGAAAGCUGGGAGGGAGGCUCAUGAGGCUCAGUUGCGCAUGGCGGCAAUGGCACAGGCAGAGCAAGCCAGAGUUGGGUCACAGGCUCAUGUGGAAAUGAUGGCUCGAGGUCCUAUAAGGGCAAAUGCUCGUGGAUCUCAAGACAACGAUAUUCCUAUGAAUCACGACUUGGAGGAGCAGGAAAAGGGUGUUAACCCAGACGACAUGAUGAAUGGGUGGGCAAAUAAUGGACAGAAAGAUGAUAAGGAACCAUCUGAAGAUUUCUUAAAUGAUGAAGAGACCGAAAAUGGUGAAACGGGCGUGCAGAGCGAUUGGCGUGAAGUAGGUGAAUUCGAUUUAAAUGCUAGAUAAACGUUGACAAGAAGAUCAUGUCGUAGCAUUCUUUUGAUGAUGUGAUGUAUUGUCCCUGGAAGAAUGCCUUGGUUGAAUAGGCAAGAAUAUGGACGACGUGGCCACUUCUAACAUAUCUUUCUGGUUUCGUUUUGCCUCUCUUAGGCUCAUGUUUCAUCUGUCAGAUGUUCGUGGGUCGUUUUCCUCUUCUUCUUCGGCUCUGUUUCUUUUUCUUAAUUUUAAGAAGGGGGAGUGGCUACAAAUGACUUAAUGCUUCUAACAUUCGUUGA